ACACUGCUUCCUGGUUUUGUAUUACCCUAAGAAUUAAUCAUGUUAGUGCCUUUGAGUACCCUUUGGGAUUUCCUGUGUACAGUGACAGUAUAAGCUCAGGGCCUCAGGCCGAGAAAAGGCGGAUUUCCCCCACUCACGUCUCACCUGGAAGGGGAUUUCCAUCUUGCACAAAUCUACUGCAGGACUUGCAAUUAUGCAGAUAUAUAAGGCUCAUAACAGUAUGUCGGUAUUUUGUAUGAUCUCUCUUGGGAGCUGUAAAAGGAUUGUCCACCUCUGCAUUUUAUUCAAUAUCUGGUACCUUUAGGGCUCCUUAAAUCAACUGGAAGAUGGCAGAAGCAGUACUGAUUGAUCUGUUCAGUCUACAAAUGAACUCACAAAAUAAUGGCAUUCAGAAGUUAUUAUGUAGCACACUAGAAAGGAUUGGAAAAGGCUUCUCUGCCAGUGCUCCAUUUGUUUACAUAAUGUGCUACCAAACUCCGAGAAGCGAAAGUAGCAGUGAACAAGAUUUGUUACUUAAAGUAAUCAGCAGUUUUCAAACUCUAAAGAAAGGAAUUGAGGUUGUGUGCAAGACAAGUACAGCUGCUGCCUUGUACACCAUUAAACAAAAACUAGAUGAAAAGGAUUUAAGCAUCAUUAAAAUCAUUUUACCAGUACAAAGGAAAGCCUUAAUGGAAGUGUUUAUAGACCACCUAUUCACUGCUGUUUACCAGUUUCAGUUUGAGGAUUUUGGGAUGGAUUUUGAAGGAAACAACCUCCAACAAAUAGCUGAACCUCAGAGCGACAUACAAACACUUCCUGCCCAUGAGAUGGAACUCAUCAGGAGUGAGAUUCAGACAUACUUGGAAAGUCUGCCAGACCUGAAAGGGAAGCUUACCAUUCUAAAAUCUUCCUUGAUCCCAGGUCACAUCUUCCUACACGGGUUCACCACAAGGACAGGUGGGAUCUCUUAUAUACCAACGCUCAGCUCCUUCAAUCUCUUCAGCAGUUCCAAGCGGAGAGAUCCAAAGGCUGUGGUUAAAGAAAACCUACGCAGAUUAGCUAAUGCUGCAGGUUUUGACCCAGAGACAUUUCACCGUGUGAAGGUCAAUCAUGCCAGUGAUGUUUGGAUUAUGGGAAAGCCCCAGCCUGACAGCUAUGAUGGAAUAGUAACGAAUCAGAAAGAUGUUACAAUAGCCGCUCUCGGCGCUGACUGCAUACCUGUGCUUUUUGCUGAUCCUGUCAAAAAAGCAUGUGGAGCUGCUCAUUCUGGAUGGCAAGGCACUUUGUUAGGAGUUGCUAUGGCUACAGUAAAUGCUAUGAUAACAGAAUAUGGCUGUAAUGUUAAGGAUAUACUUGUGGUGCUGGGCCCAUCUGUUGGACCGUGCUGUUUUACACUUCCUCAGGAAUCAGCAAAGGAAUUUUACAAUCUUGAUCCCAAAUGUGUCAGACAGUUUGAAUCUCCAACUCCCUAUGUUGAUAUUAGAAGGGCAACACGAAUUCUUCUAGAGACUGGAGGGAUUCUGCCUCAGAACAUACAGGAUGAUUCUGUCACUGACCACAAACAAAGUCUCACUUUCUGCACAGCAUGCCACCCUGAUACAUUUUACUCUCACGUUCGCGAUGGCACUAACUUUGGCACACAGAUUGGCUUCAUAUCGAUCAGAGACUGAGGUAGCGUCUCUUAUCCUUGGGUAGUAACCGGGCAAUAACUGUUAGCAUUGCCUGACAUCUUACUCUCCUGAUAGUAGGCCUCUCCCCUUUCCUUCACCUGAUAAGUUCUGAGGAAGAGGUGGACUUAUCAUAAGGGAUUUGUACCUGUGGGGAUGCCUUGUUCCCCUGUGGGAGGCGAGACCAGCAGCCGGAUGAAAGAGCCAGAGACAAGGUUGCAUGGGGAAGUUCUCAUGGAAAGUGGAGAUCUGUGGGAACUAGACCAUCUGUGCACAACACCCCCAAACCUUUCUGAAUUAUACCAGCAACAUGGCUCCAUUGUCUGACUUCCAUUUUCUACCUCCCAUAUUCCCAGACCUCUGUAGUGUGGGAAAGCCCUGAAGAGAGUUACUGCUUCUCUCCGAGCAGCAGUAGCAUUCAGUGCAAGCUGCAACAUCGAUUGUGCUGCCCUGAAAGCAGAGCAUGCUGUGCAGAGCUGCUAUUUCCUCGACUCCUCUCCAUCCCGGGUCAUUUCCUACCAACUUCAUGAAGCUGGGCUUCUGCACUGAAGCCCCCGGUAUCUACACAAUGGGGAGGUAUUUUCAAAUCCUUCUUUCCUCUCUAUGUGCCCAGUCCUCCACCCUUUCUGCUCACACUGAUUUCCCAGUGCACUAAGCAGCCAAGAGCAUCAUU